AUGGUGUUCUUCUUCGACUGGUUCUACGACGUCCUCGCCAGUCUCGGGCUGUGGCAGAAGAAUGCGAAGAUACUGUUUUUGGGGUUAGAUAACGCGGGGAAAACGACAUUGAUGCACAUGCUCAAGGAUGAACGAUUGGCGCAGCAUCAGCCGACGCAGUACCCGACGAGCGAGGAGUUGUCGAUCGGGCAGAUCCGGUUCAAGGCGUUUGAUUUGGGCGGACACGAAGUCGCGCGACGCGUGUGGAAGGAUUACUACGCCAAGGUGGAUGCGAUCGUGUUUCUCGUCGAUGCGGUGGAUAAGGAGCGGUUCAUGGAGAGUAAGAAGGAGCUCGAUUCUUUGCUCGGCGAUGAUUCGCUCGGGAACGUGCCGUUUUUGAUUUUGGGGAAUAAGAUUGACAUUCCGCACGCGGCGAGCGAGGAGGAGUUACGACACUGCUUGGGAUUGACGAAUUACACCACGGGGAAGGGUAAGGUGAACUUGGAGAACACGAACAUGCGACCGAUUGAAGUUUUCAUGUGCUCCGUCGUUCGUCGCAUGGGAUACGCCGAGGGUUUCAGAUGGGUCAGCCAGUACAUCUGA